AUGGAUGGGUGCGCCAGGCAAGGACCAUCAAAGUUGGAAGAUGCAGUACAGUACUGUGAGCAGGCGCUCUCAUUGGAUCGCUACAAUGCCAGUGCUUUGGUGAAUCGCGGUAACAUAUUCUUUGUGCUCGGAGAUAUCGAAAAAGCUGCACAGUACUACAAGGAAGCAUUAAGCAACGAAGUAAGCGCCUUUCACACGGAGAAGCUUGGCUUCACUUGGCACACCAUCUUUACGCUGAUAGCAUCCUGUGUGCAAGCACUGUACAAUCUUGGAUAUGUCUAUCGGCUGCAAGGCAAAUUGGAAGCUGCUCUGGAAUGCUUCUACAAAUUACAGAAUAUUUUGCUAAAUAAUGUUGAGGUGUUAUGUCAACUGGCUGCCAUGUAA